AAGCUCCUGAUGUGUUCUGUGUCUUUCACCAACAGUUCGGGUCUUUUUAUACUCAGCUUUUCGGUCUAACUACGCCCUUCUUACACGCAGUCAUCGUCACAACACCAAUCGCAAUCUUGACGGGGCGGUUUCCAAGUCUCAGUGUCUUCAACUAUUCCCGAGGCGAAUUCACUUUCCCUGGACUUCUUUCACCAUAGGUAUAGACUAGACUAGCUAGACUGAUUCUGCUGUUUUCCCCGUGAAGUGAUGUGCUUCCUGUGGAUGAACUUGGCGCAUUUUAAACGAAACUAACGUAUAGAGAAAGCCGAGAACAGGCACAUUCGUGAUUUCAAGGCGAGACUUUCAAAAAUCCCACCAUCUGGUGGGAGUAGCCAUUGGUUAAAAUGGAACGCAGCGUAACAAAGUGUCCCGGUAUAAAAGCCGAGACGGUCACAUCAGUUAAACACAUCGUCCCUUGCAGUCGAUUCCUCUUCUGACUUUCUGUCUCACAGUGAAAAAGUCAAUUGGAAAUCAUGUCUCUGUCCUACCACUUUUUGAUCUUUGUGAGUUUAGGUGUUGUGGCCGUUGUCAUGGGCAACAACAAUUACAAGCCGCCCGCCUAUCACCAGCCGAAAUACGAACCGAAAUACGAGCCAGAGAUCCCGGCCUGCUCCAAGAACACGACCAAGAACUGGUGCCUGGAGGAUUCCGAGUACCCGGCCUACGAAGUCGUUUACGAACUGGACAAGCACUACGAGGCCGUUGUGGCUUUGUACAAGAACGUCGUGGCCGAAACGGCCAACUCGGUCGACACUUUGACCAAAUUGGUGGAUGAGACUUACCUCUGCCCCAGCGCCACCUCCUACGUCCAGCCGCUGCGUGCCGUCAACACCAAAGGCAAGUGGCGUGUCAUCAUCAACAAAGUCGAGUCUUACGGCAUCAAAUACGAUCAACACGCUCGCAUCGAAGAAUGUGAGGCCGAGGCGGCCGGAAAGGCCUGCCCCUUGGUCCCCACCUGCUACGAGUCCAAGUGCCUCCAGAAGAGCAUCUACCACCGUUUCCUCGUCUACGAUCCCACCGAUUACUAUUUCCCAUUCGCCAUCGAGACCUUCAAGUUGCCGGCCUCAUGCGCCUGCUUCGUUGGAGCCUUCAGCCUCUAAAUUAAUUCAAUUCUAUUUCUUUCCUUCUUUCUUCCAAUUUUCGGCCAAUCCCAAUCCAAAUUGUCAUCAUCCAUCAGUCACCAAACGAUCCCUGUGAUAAUAUCAUUCGUGUAAUAACAUCUCUGCGCUUCACAGUCGACUCCUUUUUCAACUGAAAACUGAAAAAAAGAUUCGAAGUGGAGCGCAAAGGUUGGCGGUACCAUCCAACAUGAAAGCAGUCCCUCGCCCACAACAACAUCCUGGGUUUUAUUUAAUAUGAAAAAUAGUUCUAUGCAUUUCCUUUAAUUAUUUUAACUCUAUCAAAUGUUUGUGCUGAAUUGCACUUAUUCCACUAUUCCACUAUUCCUCUAUUCCAUUUAUUGCAUUAUUCCACUCCAUUCGUUUCUCAGGCUCUUAUUACGGACAAUGACCUGAGAAAUCACUUUUAUCUAAGUUGUAACUCUACUUGCGUCAUUCCCUAUGAAUACGAAUUUUGUUUGGAUGUUUAAAACGGCACUGUACAAUUUGAAAUAAUAUGUUAAUAUAAUCAAUCCAACGCAAA